AUGGCCAUCGGCUUGGCUCCGCCCGUAGCAGUCUGUCCCCGCGACGCCCCUGCUCACCAAGUCCCUCUGCCGGAGCCCCGCACAUCACCCUGUUUCCAUCUGCUCGACGUCGGCUGCAUCGAGCAGCAGCAGCUACCAGCACCAUCGGGCCUCUGCCUCCCCUGCCGCCUGGACAAGUCCGGCCUCCUGCAGCCCCUUUUCGUCCCUAACCGAGCAGUGCGCCUUCUCAUCGCCCUGCCUCCAUGUCCACUGCGUGUGCCAGCGCCCAUGUCCAAGUACCAUGUUUUCUCUGCUGCCCCGUGCACCUUUGGCUGCUGCCUCGAGAGGCCCUUUUGUCGUGAUUCAUUUUGGGUCGUUCAGAACGAGAACGCCAAGUACCGUCGCCGAAGACCCAUGUACAACUACCAUCGCCAAGACCCCGUGAACGUCUACACGACGACCGUCGAGUACCUCUUCGCGAAGCGAGCGAGCAGAAAAAGAAAACAGCGAGAAGCAGCGAGGAGCGAGCCGGCCCGCAUCUCCCCCGCUCCCCCCGAGCCGUGGCACACGCACAAUCCCCUCCCCUCGAACCCCGCCUCGCUCGCUUCCGUCGACAGGUGGGUGGAGGGAAAGGGAGGCGGCCGGCGACAGGGGAAGAAGCAGACCGGCCCUGAUCGGCUCGCCCUCCUCCGCGCUCCGACAUCCGCGUCUCGCAGCAGACGACAAUGGAGGCGCUCAAGGAGAAGCUGUGGAAGAAGACGGGCACGGCCGUGGGCUCCAUGCGGCUCGAGCUCCGCGACAAGGCCGGCGCCAGGGUCGCUGACCUCGGUCGCGACGCCGCACCCCUCGCCGCCUACUCCCCCUACGUACCGGCUGCACGUCAUCGACCUCGACCCCUCGUCGGUGACCUCCGGCGGGUGGCUGGAGGACACCUCGUUCGUUGAUAAGUACACCAUGUCGGACGAUGCAUACGACGAGCUCGGCACAAACAUCCGGAAGUUCAAAGAGAAGAUGGUGUCGAAAAACCUUGUAUCGGAUGAUAAGCAAUCAGACAAUCAGAUGGAGGAAUUGUGUGCUAACAUCAAGGGUUUGGGUGUCCAUCAGAUUCUUGCGAGGACAGCAACAGCGGCCAGCGUUUGUAUUUGCAGAGUUCAUGAAUGCCGCAGGUGCUUCUGCCUGAAUCUCUUCAGUGGGGUUUCCAGCGCAGCGGCAACAUGACGACCAAGUUCAAAAGCCUCAUAUCACACUGCAUCAGAAGGUAGCCGCGUAAUAUGGUCGCCGGAUGGAAGUAGAAGUUCGCACUUACAAAAGUAAAGUAUGUUUUUGGCACCACUGUUGUUUCUUGCUUCACUAUGUUGUUCCAGGCGGUUCUUGAUGGUACGUGCUCUUGUCUGAUUUGUAAAAGAGAUGUUUGAAAGAGCAGAUGGUUUUGGCUUUGUUAUUAUAAGCAAAACAGACAAUAAGAAGUAUAUUAUCUGAUUAUUGAGUCAAUGCAUUUGCCAUACAUUUGUAAGUAUUUUCUUGCAUCCUCUCUUUUCUCCAGGAAUGUUGUGUAGUUUAUUGAUGCCCCUACAUAAGACUGUAGGUCACUGUUUAUGUUCAUACAUGUGUUCCUUGUUGUUCGCCUUUCUAUCUACUAUGGGAUAGCUGCUGACUGGGAAUAAUACUUAACAGGGUAGCUACAUGAAUGUUUAUGUUUCCUGUACUGUUGUUUGUGAUUGAGUUAGAACAUGUAUGUCCUCAUAUUCUCACAUUGCUGUCUAAAAUCUGUUUACAUGGAAAUAACUGAAGAACAGCAAUUUUAUUUCCCUGUAUGUGUGUGUGUGUGUGUGUGUGCGUGCGCGCGCACGGUUUGUUGCCGAUGUUUAUAAUGGUUUGUUUGCAGGACAAGCCCGAGCCUCCUCCAGAAAGGCUGUCUUCCUGACGCCACCCAAGGAUCUGACCACCUCAGUUAGGUGUUCUCCACCCAGAUAGGAUUGGGUGACAAGGACAUUGAUGCUCUUUCUGGUGGUCACACCCUGGUGUGCAUGUCUUAUGUUUGGCGCCAAGUUUGUACGCUUACUGCCGCUACAAAGAAUGCUGACAAAGCUUCCAGAAUAAUGCUAUAUUAUGCUGCGAGAAGCACAAGUUCCUCUCUUAUCCUGUCUGUUAUCCAUUUCUUUUGCUCGAGGAGCCAACCGUGCUGACAAAACACUAGAAGGUAUGAAUCUGAAUUUCUUACUUCUGUAUACAUACAGAAAACUACAUUAUUCAUGACAUCAUUACAUUUCUUUGUUGCACAUUGAACUAUUAAUGGCACCUUCUUCUUUGAGUAUAAAUUAUAUUAAGGAAGUUCUAAGUACUAAAUUGGAAAUACUUUCUUUGUGUACUUGCUCUAGACGGGCUUUCUUGUAUUGAUGUUUUUCCAAUAUAGAGUUCCAUUCAAUUUUGAUCUCCUACGAGGAGUAUGCUAUUUGAACUGAAACGGUGAAACCACAAGUCGACAUAAUCUAAUUUUAGUUAAAUGACAAAGAGGACAUUUUCUACCAUGUACGGGUGAUGCACGUGUUUCCAAUGUAGAGUCUAAUUUAAUUUAGUCCUUUUGAUCACCCAUGCUGAAUAUUGAAUGAGUCAACUGGGAGGAGUUUAAGCCAAGCUAAACUGAAAUCAUAAUUAAACAUAAGCUGUUUUCAGUUAAAUGGCAGAGAGGGCCCUCUUCUACCAUGUAAAUUAAAUUGCAUAUUUACGCAUGUUAUACCUUGUUUGCAAUUUCUGUUUACUGAACUAUAUCCAUGAUACUAAUCAAAAGAGUAUUUACUCUUUUUGCACCAAUUAUUAUUGUUGUUACAUAACCACGUGCUGAUAGCGCAAAAGCGGAAUGAGUUAGCUUAUUUACGUAUUGUGAUCACCGCCGGAGCCACUCAGGCUUGCAAACAGUGAUCUACACGCCAAUUGUCGCAUCAUGCUAGGAACCAACAAGAGAGCCACCGUAACAACCAACUGGUCUGAGUUCCGCCGCCUUGCAAAAAUCCAUGAAGGAGACAUUUGUGCCUUUCGUUUCAAGGUCAGCACAAAGCAGCGCCCGGUUCUCAUUGUCCAUUGCCUUUAUAUGAAGCAUCGACAGCAAUGGAAGUCGUAUUUAAAUAUCAUCUACUCCCUCCGUUCGAAAUUACUUGUCGCAGAAAUGGAUGUAUCUAGACGUAUUUUAGUUCUAGAUACAUCCAUUUUCGAGACAAGUAAUUCCGAACGGAGGGAGUAGCAUUCUAAGGACUACUAAUCAAGCUCUGUAAUAGGAUGAAACCUUCCUCUGUUUUUCGACGAUCCUAUCUGUUGCUUUUGAACAGCUACCACCUAAGCUUUUACCUAUAUAACCUCUGUUGUCGUUCCU